AUGGAUUAUAGAGCUGCUGAUCAGGAUAUGGAAAUUCAGGAUUUGAGGGAUUCUAAGAGUGUGCAGUUGGAUUCUAAAGUUGGUGAAGCUUUAAUCGCUGAUGUGUCUACUUGUUAUGCAGAGGAUGCCGAGGCUCAAGGGGCAGGUAAUAAGAGAUCCUUGCUUGCUAUGCAAGAUCUUAAGUAUAGACAUAAGUUUGAUAUGUUGGUUAUUUUGGAGCCUAGAAUUAGCUCUGGUAGAGCUCGGAAACUGUUGUGGAAUGAUGCUAAAUUCAACUUGAGAGUCAUUCAUUGUAUGGAUCAAACUGUUUCUGUUUGUGUUGAAACUUCUAGAGGUACUUCUUGGAUAUUUACUGCCACAUAUGGGCACCCUUGCCCGACUAUAAGAUCUCAUCUCUGGCAAAAUUUAUCUAUUAUUGCUGCUUAUUGGAAUCUUCCUUGGGUUGUUUGUGGGGAUUUUAAUGAUAUCUUGUUUGAGAAUGAAAAUUUUGGAAAAUUAUCUGGUAAAAGUAGAGGUUUCAAAGACUGGUUUGAUCAGCAUAGGCUCAUUGAUUUGGGAUUUUUGGGACCGAAGUUUACUUGGGUUAAUAAGAGAGUUAGUGGUGAUUUUGUGAUGAAGAGAUUGGAUAGGGCGAUUUGUAACAAAAAGUUGAGGGUGUUAUUUCGUGAACCUUUCGUGAGGCAUUUGCCUAGAAGAUGUUUUGAUCAUGGUCCUCUUUUGAUUAGUCUGAUUUCUGAUAAGAUUCCUUCAUAUGAGCUUAAGCCUUUCGGAUUUGAGGCAAUGAGGCUUAAACAUUGUUUAUUUUCUGACUUCAUUAAAGCAGAGUGGAAGAAUUUGGAAGGUUCAAUUUCUAAUGAAUUGGACAUGUUGAUUCCCUUGCUUUGGAAGUGGAAUACUCAAGUCUUUGGUCAAAUCUUUCAAAAGAAGAAGAGAAUUCUUGCUAGGCUUCAAGGUAUUCAAAGAAGAAGAAGGAAUAGGAUUGAAAGGCUUAAAUAUAAUAAUGGAGAUUGGAUCUCUAGUAAAGAGGGUUUGAAAGCUCUUGUUGUUGAGUAUUUUCAUGGCAUUUUUUUGGAUGGUGUUGUUGAUAUCAUUAACAGUCCUUUGCCUUCUCUUUUUGCCCAUAUUCCUGAGGCUGAUUUGGCUGCUGUCAAUAAGGAUGUGAUUGAAAAGGAGGCGCAUGAUGCUCUCUUUGCUAUUGGUCCCUAUAAGGCUCCUGGUCCUGAUGGCUAUUCUGCUAUUUUUUUCCAUAAUUGUUGGUCUCUUUGUAAGAAAGAUAUUGAAGGUUCUGUGUUUAAGUGUUUUUCUAAUGGUUUCGUUGUAGAGUUUUUGAACAACACUAUUAUUACUCUGGUUCCUAAAAUCACUAAUCCUCAUAGCAUGCUGCAGUUCCGUCCAAUUAGCCUAUGUAACACUUUAUACAAAGUUGUUUCUAAGAUCAUUGUUGGAAGGCUCAUACCUUUAUCUGUGAAUGUUUUGGAUUUAUCAUCAUUGGCACAAGGCCGCUGGUUAAAAUAG